AUGAUGAUUGAUCCUUUCGAGGUGCGCAUGCGGUUUACUACGCAGCUACAGCACCUCAGUGCUGCUGUGACAUCUUCGCAGAAAGCCGCCUAUUUUGCGCUGAAAUACCGUGAUCUUGACGAGGACCUCCACUCGUGUAUUCUAGAGCAACUUGAGCGGAAUAACAUCAACAACCGCGCGAAUAUCAUGUACUUCAUUGAACACCUUUGCGAAAUGGCUAUCAAGGAAAACUACCUCCCAUAUGUGCGCAUGAUGCAGCGAGACAUACUCCGUGUGGUGGACUCGGUCGUUCCCGCCGAUGGCACAGGUGCAGCCAAUGUCAAGCACGUCCGUCACGUCCUAAACGGGCUCCAAGCAAAGCAGGUUCUCAGCGCCGAAACCGUGGCCGAGAUUGACGCUGCUCUGAAAGACCGCGACUCCCACCCCUCCCACCUUGACCUCGAACAAGAUAGUACCGCCGAAGGCAGCAAGCCGAAGUCUGAAAAGCCCCAGCUGCGUCUUGAUAAGAGACAGAUCGAGCAGCGCAUUGAGGAGGACCGCGAGCGCAACAAGCGUCAGCGUGAGAGCAUGUGGGCUAUGACCGGCAGCGACAUCGAUGAGUACAACCAGAUGUGGGAAGAACUCAGUCCGCUUGGCGAGGAUGAUUUCAUUCGAGCUCGCGAAGAGGCGUUGGAGCGCGCGGAGUGCGCUCGCAAACACGAGGAGUUCUAUACGACGCUUUACAGUGCCAAAGACUAA